AUGACAACAGACGCCCAGUCACGGCGGAGGUACCCCGCGUCGUUAUCCCAUAACCCGUCGGGCCCAUCGCGGCCAGCUCGCCCCCAGCAACCAUCCCGCGGUCCCCAACGACCCGCGUCGCGUCCCCAAACGUCGGUGGACGACGAGGUUCCCUCACCACCAGAGCUCCCUCCCCUUCCGGCACAGAGCUCGACCGAACCUCCCGAAUUGGCGUCGCUGGAAAACCUCCUGCGCCAAGCGGGGUACAAGGAGACUAGAGUCUUUACACCAGAGGCAGAACGUGUUCGUCCUCGGCUCAAACAAUUCGACGACGAAGGCACUGCGGAACUAGCCGAUCUGUACCGUUCCAUGGGUCUGAACCCCGAUGCUGGUCAACACGUACGCCAUCUCACUCAAGCGGCCAUGCCCAUGCGCACGAGCAGCAGUGUCCUUCGCAGCAUUGCUCUCCAGGACGCAACGGUCGUAGUCAAUGAGACCGUCCAGUCGCCACCGGACAUUGCGGCCGGCCAGGAUUCGUGGUGGGGUUCUGGCUUUCUGAGCCGCGCGGCCCAGACUGUUGGCAAGAGUGUGUCCGCCAUGAGCCCGCCAGCGACAGUUUCCCCGCGCUCCGACGUCGGUCUCGGACUGGCAUUGGGCGGAAAUGGCGUUCGCAAGACCAAGUCGAACGUGGAGCUCAGGAGGUCGUCGCCGAGCCAAGAACAAAUCCCUCUGCCUUGUGAGCUCGUCCAGGGUGAAAAUACCGCAGCCCCUAGUCGCCAAGUCGUCUCAACAUGUGGCUUUGACCGCCCAGUCCCUCCGUCGAUUGCAGCAUUGUUCUCGCCACCGGAUGAGAGCACUCCUGCGCUUCCCCAGCAGCCCGCGUUCGACGACGAGACCUUUGGGUACUCGCCUCCAGAGCAGAGCUCUGUAUAUGACGAAAGCGAAGACCUAUUUGCUUACGGUCUUGGCGGAGACGACGACGACGACAGCUACGAUAUGGACGAGGAGGAGUACUACUACGACGACGACGACGACAACGACGAUGAUGACGGCGAUGACCACGACAACGAAAACGACGACAACGACGACGACGAUUCACGCAGCUAUGACUCAUCCUCGACCUUUGCUGGAAGUCCGCCUGCAAGGUCCUUUAGCGGCUCACCACCUCUCUUAGACGCCAGCGCGGUACUUGCCGAGCUGGGGCUGAACGACGAGUUGGCAGAAGCCAUUGAUGUUGCCUCAGUUGGCGAGUCCGUUUCCGUUGGCCAGCGCAUCUUGGCCUCGACUGUGGAAUAUGACGAGGACCACGAUAUCGACACCCCUCCGUCACCGUCGUCACCCACCAUGUCGCCGCCUCGUGAGGUACCGUCCUUCAACAUUCAAGAGUCUACCCCAUCCCCUCCUUCUCUGUCCAAGUUCAGCUUUCCCGUUGUCACCCCAGCUCCACCCCCUGUGCCGACGUUUAGCUUCCAGGACCCAACACCGUCACCGCCUGCAGUUCCAAGGUUCAACUUUCAGGAAGCGACGCCAUCACCUCCCACGGUGCCGUCGUUCAACUUCCAGGAAGCAACCCCGUCACCUCCCUCCGUCCCAGCGAUCAGCGCCCACGAUAUCACGCCGCCGCCACCUCCUGUGCCUGCCAUCAACUUUGAAGACCCAACGCCCCCUCGCGUGUUGACUCCCCGGGUCGUGUCCGUGCCCGAGCCCGUUACGCCGACUCCCAAGAGAGCAGCCAAGACCGACUCCAUCGCCGAUAGCAUUGCCCAAGCAAAGGCUGAUCCACUGCCCACACUCCGUACUGUGAAGCCCCAGCAGCGUACCUCCGUGCUGCGCACAGCCCAGUCGACCCCUGCGUUGCGUUCCGCUGCGCGCCGCCCCCACUUCCGGGUCACGCCGGCUCUCGUCGCGGCCCCAGCUUUGGAAACUGUUGCACCAGUCCUCUGUGAUUCAGUCAACAGCGAGGCAGAGGACCUUCCUCUCUUCCCAUUGGCACCUGUACCAGAACCGUCGGCAGGCCCCAGCAACUUUGGCACACUCACCCUGCGUGCCAAGAAAUCUCUUUCGGCACUCCGCUCAUAUUGGGCGAGCGCCGAGAAAGCGGAGGAGCCACCUGUCGACGACGAAAUGCCCCGCGACACUGCUACACCCAUCCUGACUCCCCGGAUCGACUGGGCAGCACAAGGGUUCCAGUUUGCUGGCUGGAACCAGGAACCGCAGGAGAAGGGCUCGCGCAAGUCGACCGACUCGAUUGGCACCAUGGCUGAGCUUGGCGAUCCGUUUGAUAACCACGACGUGAUGAUCGACUACACAAAGUCGUUCUUCUACAAGCCUCCCACCCCUCCUCGUCCUGCGGGUGCAGCUACUGGCGAGGGGUUCGGCUUUGGGCAGAUGAAGAAGCAGCGCUCUGUCAAGUCUCUGCGCGCCGCGCUCGAAAUCCCUGUUGCGCCCGUGCCACCUGUUCCGUCCAAGUACCGUUCUUCGGCACGCCACCAGCGUUCAUCCGCAGACGGCAGCCGCACACCUCCUCGGCGCUCGCCUCCCAUUGAAGCGCCGGCCAUCCGCAUCCACUCUCCCGGUGCUUGGGAAGAGGGUCGUCCCCCGCGUGACCUUGUGCUUGAUGGACAGGAGUGGGACGGCCACGACUAUGUCCCGAAUUGGGGCAAGGGUGUGCGCAGGGGCAAGGGCAAGUCCCGGGUCGGCUCGAAGCGCACCAGGAAGACGAUUCCCUUUGACGACGACGACGACUACUUUUACUAG